GUUCCGGUGAAUAUCAAAUUUCUGCCUCUUCGCCUGGUAACCGAUGAAUUUCGUCGAUAACUUAAACAAAUGGACGAGUAGGGUGGAUAUGGACUACGGGAACAAACUGAACCAGGCUCUCUCCUCUAGCACUAAAUUUCUGCCCACAGCAGGACUGCGCGGUGCUGGGCCGUUCCAGCACUACGGCCGGCCCUUGGGCCACGGCGUGAAAGUCAAAGAGGAAGACGAGAGUGUGGAGGAUUUCUUCCAUUUCGCUCAGCAUCUUCAGCAGCAAACAGGCGAGUGUCUCACAGCGUGCUGCGGUGGAGCAAAUCCCAAAUCUCUCCCUCUCACUACCACUCUAAGUACCUCACUUACUGCCUCUCUCACGUCCCCUCUGAAUACCCCUCUCAGUAGCCCCCCACCCAAACCAAGCAGCCAUCCUUCAGCCGAGCGGCCAUACCACUGUCAGGACUGCGGCAAGUAUUUCAGAAUCAGCGACAUUAAGCGCCACCAGCGGAUCCACAGCGGAGAGAGGCCAUUCCCUUGCUUCCAGUGUGGUAAGAACUUCCCCACAUCGGGCGAUCUCAAAAGGCACGAGAGGAUCCACACAGGUGAGCGGCCGUACCACUGCCUGCAGUGCGGCAAGAAUUUCUCUGACUCGGGUCACCUCAAGCAGCACGAGAGGAUGCACACGGGUGAGCGGCCGUAUCAAUGCCCGCAGUGCGCCAAGCGCUUCUACAGGUCGGGCGACCUCAAACGGCAUCUCCGCAUCCACAGCGGCGAGCGGCCUUACAAGUGCCCGCAGUGUGAAAAGACCUUCUCCGAUUCUGGUCACUUGCGGGGCCACCAGCGCAUCCACACAGGAGAGCGGCCUCACCGUUGUACGCUGUGUGAGAAGAGCUUCUUCAGAUCGGGAGACCUGAAGCGUCACCACCGGACACACACCGGUGAGAGGCCAUACCAGUGCUACCAGUGCGGGAAGAGCUUCUCCGAAUCGGGUCACCUGAAAGAGCACCGGCGGAUUCACACCGGAGAAAAACCCUACCACUGUAACCAGUGCGACAAGAGCUUCUCGCGCCUGGAGCGACUGAAGGGCCACCAGAGCAUCCACACGGGCGAGAGGCCCUUUCACUGUGCUCAGUGCGGCAAGAACUUCUUCAGAUCCGGUGAGCUCAAGAGGCACCAGAGGAUUCAUAACGGAGAGAGAGCAUGAAAUCGCUUAUUAAAGCAUUAGGGCCAGGUUUUGAGGUCUCUGUUUUUUUCUUUUCAGGGUGUUUUUAUUUUAUUUUUGCUUUCCUAUUCAUAGCCAACCUGACUGCUGAUCUCACGUUGCAGAAUGGUUUCUGCUGUGUGAAACGAAUAAUUCCAGAGGGGCUGUGUUAAUCAAAGGGUAGAGAAAGGAUCGUACGUACAAUUUGGCUUUUGAGGAGGAGGUUCAGCUAACGGAUUUGAGUUUUUAUGCCCAGAUGAUAGCAGAGAGGACAUUUACCUGGCCCGUGACAUUCCCUCUUAAAUAAAAUUCAAGCAUUAGGAUGUUGAUUCUAUUUUUAACCUAACAUAGAAAAUACUUCAGAUCCUCCCUGCAUGUUAAAGGUUCCUCGGAUGGCUUACGCAGCGAUCCUGACCCAUUCCAGAUCUUUUUUUUUUUUUUUAAAUCACUACCUCCACAUAUUGUUAUUUGCAGUUAAGUUCUGACUGGGAACGGCCUGUUGAAAUGUUCACUGUUACAAUCUGCUUUAAGUUUAAAGGAAUGAAUCGGCAAAAAAUAUAUUUGCACAUUGAUUCCCCUUACCCCAAAUGUCACCUGGUGUUGGCUUCUUUAGUUUCACACUGGACUGUAAUGUAGCUAAAGGCUGAUUUAUACUUGAUGUUAACAGCGCGUACGUGCAUGCAAGAUGGCCAUUGUGCAUAUCCUGCGGUCAAUUGGUCUCAUCGUGUGUGCACGUCUUCGGAUGCAUUCGUGUGGUGCAAUACCAACAUAAACAGUCGAGGCAGCAUAACACCAUAUACCACCUGAAAGGUCUGUUUUUGAAUACCGUUUUCUGGAUUUUCUAGACUAGCAAAUGCUUUUCAAUGUACGGUGAGGGUUUUUGAGUUGAGACGCAGCUCAUGACGACAGUAACGCCCAUGGCAGGAAGUUCCGUGCAUCACUAAAUAAUACGGUUCAAUUUGGAAACCAAGUGGACCGGGAUGUUUUGGCUGUGACAUGUCCUCUAUCAGACGCCGCUUUUAAUUCUCCAGAUGUACGUGAGAUACGCAAGUGUGUGUUUGUGUGUGUGUGUGAACAACGGUGCUAGCGUACAAAGCUGCACAUACGCAUGGGGAAAGUGAAGUGUGUGUGUGUGUGUAUAUGUAUAUGUGUGUGUGUGUGUGUGUGUGUAUAUAUAUAUAUAUAUA